UGGGAACAGUGAAUUUGCACGUGGGCAUUUUAAAAAAUUUUUUUUUAAUUAAUAAUUUAAUUAAUUAAUUAAUUAAUUAAUAAUGAGUUGUAAUAAUGGAUAAGUGUAAAUUAAUAAUAAUAAUAAAAGACAAUAGCGCCCUGUGGCGCGAAUUAAAUAAUUAUUGAUGAUGAGGAUAACGUUAUUAGAGAGACGAAGACGAAGACGAGGUGCAAUUAAUAAAAAAAUUAUAAAUUUAUUUAUUAUAUUAAUAAUUAAUAAUGUUAGAUAAUAAAAUGAUUAAAAGAAUAUUAAUUAUUUGGUUGAUUAUUAUUUUUGGAGUAUUUGACUUAACGCCGUUGGCGAAAAACGGUUUUAUAACGCCAGUGUCAUCUACGACAAGUAAUAGAAGAAAUUAUAAUAGUAAUAAUAGUAAUAAUAAUAAUAAUAAUAAUAAUAAUAAUAAUAAUAAUAGUAAUAAUAAUAAUAAUAGUAAUAAUAAUAAUAGUGGGGGUUGUAAUACGUGUAAAAUGCACGAAGAAAUACGUGCGUUAAAUUUAGAAGCCAUUAAGGAACAAAUUCUUAACAAACUGGGACUUAAGCAGGCGCCCAAUAUGACGGGACGUGCGCUGCCUAAAAUACCACCGAUAUCAAAACUAAUGGAUAUGUAUGGAAUACAAGCCGAUGAACCUGUCGUUCUAAGAGAGCAAUCGAGCUCUGGUACUGCACAUUACUACGAUGAGGUUGACGAAUUUACUGCCAAAACUGAAAGUGUUUUCGCACUUGCUCACCCACGUUCAAGAUUAAGACAUUCGGAGCAAGAUAAUUUAGAUAUAUUGUAUUUUAAAUUUUCUGAUAAAAUAAUGCAGCAUCGCGUUACGCGGGCGAAAUUAUCACUUUGGGUUUCGGAAAUCAGUAAGCCGACUGAUACUGAGCCUGAAAAAAAUGAUAAAAGUGAAGAAGAUAAAGAAACUGAUAAAGAAGAAAAUAAUAAAAAUAAUAAUGACAAUCAUUAUUAUAAUUAUCAUCAUCAUCAUCAUCAUAGUCAUAAUCACAAUCACAAUCAUUACCACCGUCAUUAUCAUAAUGAGCACAGAGAGGUGGUCUCUAUAACUCUGCAGCGAGUUUUGGCGAACCUGGUCACGAAAUCGGAAGGCGAAAAUACCGAUGAGGGCUCGCAAUUGGGCCCGCCGUUGGUCACCAAGCACUUGAUUGGGCGCCAUCAGGGAGAAGAACACGGGUUUUGGGUGACUAUUGAAUUAGGACGGAUGGUUGCCGAGUGGUUUAGACAUCCGAGAAAUAAUUUAGGAGUUGUUAUAAGAGUUAAUGAUGAAGAGGCUAAUGAUAGUAAUAGUACUAGCAGUGGAAGUUCAACUAGAAAAAAUAGCCUUUGGAAAGUGGAGACCGAUCCGGAGGCUGAGUUCGCGCCCUAUCUGGAAAUUCAGAUGCAAGAACCAGAGUCGAAACGUGGAUCUCGGGUUAAGAGAAAUGUCGGAUUGAAUUGCGAUGAAGCGAGUCAAGAAACGAGAUGUUGUCGAUACAAGCUUACUGUCGAUUUUGAAAAAUUCGGAUGGGACUGGAUCAUUGCGCCUAAAAAAUACGAUGCAAAUUACUGCUCAGGUGACUGUCCAAUGGCAUUUCUUCCAGCUUACCCGAAUACACACAUCGUAAGUUUAGCCGAGCCGCCAAAUAAUACUGGUCCAUGUUGCGCGCCCAGAAAAUUGUCCGAAAUUACAAUGUUGUAUUUCGACAACGAGUACCAAAUUGUAUUUUCUCGUCUGCCAGGCAUGGUCGUCGAACGUUGCGGCUGCUCAUAAAAUUAUUUUUCUACCACCAGCAUUUAUAUAUAAAUAUAAAUUAUAAAUAUAGAUGUUAGGCAUGUUGCGCAUCUAUUAGCAAUUUUAUACGCUUUGUGUAAGUAUACUAGUGAAUUUAUAAAUUAAUUCACCGAGGAAUGAAUUUUUUAAAUAACAACGAAAAAAAAAACUUAGACUGAAAAAAACAUUUUUUGAUACAGGGGAGAGGCGGGCAAAAUGGACCGCUUAGGCAAUAAUUAAUUUUUGUGCUGUAGAAAAAAAUUUUUUUCUCGGGUGGGCAAAACGGAUCACCCUAAAAAAAAAAAUAAUAAUUUUUUUAGUAUUAGACUUUAAAUUGAAAUUGUGUCUAAACUAUCAACUUUACAAAAAAAGUCAAUAAAUACUUUUUUCAAGAAAAUUUAAUUUUCUACAAAAUUUUAUUCUUAUAAAUUUUCCAUAUUUUCAAUAGUUUAGUCAGAAUUUUAAUUCAAAGCCCAAAAAAUUCUAAAAGAAAAAAAUUUCGAUCUCAAUUAUAAACCCGAUUCUUAAAAUCAAAAUUGACAGUUAUCUAUAAAAAAUAUGGCAAAAGUGUACAGAAACAAAUUUAUUCAAAAUUAAAUUUCCUACAAAAAAGUAUUCUAUAUUUUUUUCUAUAAACUCAUUAAUUUCCCAUUUAUUUCUAUUCAAACUAAAAAAAAAAAAUCGUAAGAAAAAAUAAAUUUUUACCAAACUUUUAGAGUGAUCCAUUUUACCCACCGGUCCCGGUUUGCCCGCCUCGCCCCUACAUAUACAUAAAAAUAUAUGUAUACAUUAUACAAUUUAUAAUUUUUACACAAUAUUUUAAUAAUAAUAAUAAUUGUAUACAUUUUAAUGUGCACGUGUGACGUUUUAUAUUUUUUAUCCGCAUAUAUACCUUGAAUAAUAAACAAAUAACUAAAUGUAUAUAAUCUACCUCAAAUGCAUUCAGCCCGAAUGGAACAAUAAAAAAAAAACAUUACACAAUUUUCGGUAAAUACCAAAAACUUUCGCAAAAAAUAAUGAUCUUAUUAAAUAAUUACACAGUAAAUCGGUAUGAAAUUUAUUUGAAAAUUAUUAGGGUAAUAAUAUAAAUCGCGGUAGCGUCUCUGUGACUGGAAAAUUAAUAAAUCAUAAACUAGACAUUGUAUUGUUGUAAUUUAAGAAAAUAAAUAGAAAUAAAGUGGACUGAAUUAAAUAAAGGCAACAAUGUUGCAGCAAUUGUCAAGUUUGUUAUUAAAAUGCAUAACUUGCAUGGUUUGAUAAUAAAUUAAAAAAAAAACGCUGUAACUUCUUUAAAAGUUCUGAUAGAUAUAUGAGAGCGCGACCUCAUUUUAAAUUAUCUUGAUCAUUUUUUUUAUUUUUUAUAAUUAUACAAGUGUCUGAAAAUUGUAUAUAAGAAUUGAUUGUCGGUAUAAAAUUUAAGACAAGACGCGCGAAUUUUUUUUUUUUA